UGUUUGGCGCUCUUUCAAAACCUGGGGGUUUUCUCAGCCUCUGGCUGGCGCACCUUUGUCCAGGCAGGUGUGCAGGCUCCACAGGCAGAGCUGCAAUCGCAGUUACUCUCCUGUUCUCUCUCACAUGCGCGCAGAUCCGUAGCUGCUGAUCUCAGAGCCCAGCGCAGGCGGGACUGGAGCUCUGCAGCUUGUUACUGGGUAACAAACCCAACCCGGCCGCACAAACAAGAAUUUAGCUCCUGUAUAAGGUGAUUCACCCACGCACAGGAUCGACCGACCGCCUGCUCUCCCAGCGCAGCUCGCGUAGUUAUUCAUGAAGCAAUUUCUGAGCGUCUGGGCUGUAUUUUCAGUGGUCGGCAUUGUGACUGCGGAGAGGUCAGCAUGUCUGAAACGUGCAGCAUUUUCUUCUACGAACUUUGAGAACAUCCUGACAUGGGAAACUGAAGCAGAUAUUCCCCCUGGCACCGUAUUUGACGUCCAGUAUAAACAGUAUGGAGAAAAAUCCUGGCUUAACAAGCAGGAGUGCCAGAGUAUCACACAGCGUUUCUGCAACCUCACUCGUGAAACAGAAAACUUCACGGAGAAUUAUUACGCCAGGGUGAGGGUGAAUGGCCAGGACGGCUGCUCCUCCGGCUGGGUGCGCUCAGAACGAUUCGAACCCAGGAAAGAGACUGUUAUUGGAGCACCGACAGUGGAGUAUAUUCCUUAUGUACGGUCCAUACGGUUCCUUAUCCGGCCCCCCUACACCCCCCUGAGAGGUGAGGAUGACCACCAACUAACCGUAGAGGACAUUUGUAGCAAAUUUGGUGCUGUUGAUUAUCACUUAACGAUAUUCAACCAAAGGACACACCAAAAGUGGACCAAGAAUGAGCACAACAAAGAAUUUGAAGUCUCCAACUUGGACCCAGACACGGAAUACAACGGCACGGUGUACAUAAACCUCCUCCAGAGGAGCAGCAAGGCCCAGGUGUUCUGGGUUAAAACGCUGGCAGCAGACAAGUCGUGGCUUCUCUACUGCUUCGUGGCACUCGCCUUCUGUGCCGGGCUGGUGUUUGCUGCAAUUAGCUAUGGGAUCUAUAAGUACGUCAAGCAACGCGGCGCGCAGCCUAUGUCUUUGGACUUCAGAGGGAUUUCAUCGUUCCAGCCUCUUACGCUGACAGUGGAACACAUUAUAAAGCCCAUUAAUUUAACCAGACCUUCUCUUCUCAUCCCGGAUGUGCAGUUACCGCAGAUCAGCCAACGCUUGGACAGAGCGUUGGAGCCACUGUGGACUUUCCGUCCGCCAGAAGCUGCCCAUGAGCAGCACAGGGAUGUGUCCACACUCCAGCUUUCCCCCCAGCCGCCCUGCUUGGCAAGCGCAGCUCCGGCGGGUUACGCUCCUCAAAUCGUUGAGCAAAAAGUUCAUGUUGCCCCGUCCAGCAAAAUGCUGCCCCUGACCUACGGGGUGUGCGUCAAAGGCACAGAUCAUGUCGACAAGAAGAAUUUGCAGCCAAAACAAAUGCUAAAGGAAGUUUCUCUUGAUAGUUCUGGUGGUGGAAAGCUCAUAACGGAGGUGCUGGGUGAGAACUGCAGCCACUGGAAUUACAAAGAACAGAGGCCAAACUUGGUAUCGUGGAGCAGCAGCGACACAAAAGAAUCCGGUUUCUUACAGGGGAGCCCGGGGCAAAUGCAGCAACUGCUGCUGCGGACUGACAGGGUGGAAGGUGAAGUGUACGUACCCCAGCUGGCACCGCCUGUGCUGGGACACGGGGGAUGCUACAGAAAACAGACAGAACGGCCGCUCUUACUGUCUGCGGUGCUCGCGGACACAGAGCGUGUUGCAGAGGAGGAAUCGCCGUUGCCCCCACCAGCAGGCCUGCUCCUCUCAGUCCGUACCGGCAACAGCCUCCCUGGGGAGAACAGCACGGAGCACUGGGUGUUGCCAGAUUCUUUCUCACAUUCCGCAAAGUUGCUGUUUCCAGAGACUCAAGAAACAGAAACGUUAACAGCAGCAAAGAGGCUAAGCUGCACAAAACUGAGUAACGUUGUGUCCCAAGACGCUGUCUCAGAGCGGGACAUGGGCACUCCCCUCACCAUGCUGUUCAAAGACUUGGACUUAAAAGUACUGUGGGAUCAGGAGGAAAACACAGAAUUUUAUUAGGAUGACUUAAUGAUAUUAAAAUCCAGAUUAGGUUUGUUUGCAUGAAACAGUAGCCUACCCAGCAAACAGUGCGAUGCAAAUAAACACAGCUCAUCUUGGGUGGA